AUGUUCUGGUGCUGCUGCGGUGGUCAACGGGACGCUUCGUCUCACGAAGUCGUGAGUGUGCCCGUCGAGGCGCACUCUGGCGGAGGGGCUCCUUCAGACGAUGUGACGACUGCGACGCCACCUUCAUCCAGCGCGGGAUCGGCGGCCACCCGCGUAUCGGUAGCAGAAAACAAAACAGAAAAAGCUGGAGUUGAAAGAGCGCCAAUCAAGGGCGGCGUCUUCAAACCCCCCCCAAAGCGGGAGCAAGCGCCGCCUCCAGUCCCCAUGACCCUCCCCAAGUCCGACAAAGCCAGAAGGACCUCUGUUCCCAUGGAAGCCGAGCUAAGCUCUGGAGCCUAUUUAGUGUACGAGAAGGACACUGAUUCGUUGUACGUCCGGUGGAGUCGCACGCCGGUAGACAACGCGCUAGCGUGGUUGAGGCCUCUUGUCCAAGUUCCUGGUCACAAGUUUAAUGUGAACAAGGGAAAAGAAGUCUUAACGAAGGAAGCACAUAAUCCGGAGAAAUAUUGUCGGGCAUGGGUGGCGUUCCUGAGAAUAACUCGGGAGUUUCCAUCCAAGUGCAUGCUGCUCGAGAACUUCGAGAAGACUGAAGCACCGCAAAUACGAGUCCUCCUGCUGGAAUGCCCUGUCGACAACCCUGGGAAGGCAGUUACGUGCGAAAUGACCGGUUACGGACUGCUGUACGACCUGCUGAAGAACGUGAAGGCAGUCGCAGUUGUGCCCGAAACAAGCACAUUGAUUCCGAUCGGCGAGCCGAUGGAAGCCAAGGUAUUCGUUCAGCGUGGAAGCGGAGAAGGGGCUGCGGAGUCCCUGGAGUCGGUCAAUUGA